AUGAGUGAUCAAAAUGAACAUCACGAAGAUCUUUAAUAGAUUUUAGCUAAAGUUAAGGAUGUGGAUGAAUCAAAAUACCAUUUGAUAAUUGAAAUGUUGAGAAAAGAAAAAAUUUCAGAUUGCAUAGAAUUUCUGUUAAAAGUUGAUUCAAAGAUGCAUAAGACUGAUUAAGUAAAUAAAAACUUUCAACUAAUUGCAGAAAUUGCCAAAAAAAUAAAAAAUCAUAAUUUUAAUAAAUAUAAUUAUAAUGAAGAAAUCUACUUUGAUGAGCAACAAAAAAUAAUAUAAAUAAUAUAAAAAAAUACAUAAGAUUCGAAAAUCAUUCCAUUUUUAAAAUUUUUAGUCCUUCUUACAGCGAUAGAUAAAACUUUAGUGUAAUGUGGGUCAAAUUCGUUAAAUUUAUUAGUGAAGAUGAAGGUGGACCUUCGAAACUAAAAUUUUGAAAAUAUUAGAAUUGAAAAUACAUCCUUAGUGGGAGCCAAUUUUGUUAAAUGCAACUUAAGUGGAUCAGAAUUUUAGAAUUUAGACAUAAGUGGUAUGAAUUUGAAUGGAGCAAAGUUAUUUAAUUGUAAAUGGAACAAUUUGAAAAUACAUGAAUUGAAUAAACUAGACGGCCAUACUUGGUCAGUUCUCUCAGUAUGUUUCUCUCCUGAUGGAACUAUGUUAGCUUCUGGAAGUCGGCGUUAGCCUAUUUGCUUAUGGGAUUUUAGGACAGGAUAAUAAAAGGCCUAGCUGUAUGGUCAUAGUGAGUAUGUCUACUCGGUCUGCUUCUCUUCAGAUGGGGCUACAUUAGCAUCUGGUAGCGCAGAUAAUUCUAUUUGUAUAUGGGAUGUUAAGACAAGUCAAUUAAAAGCUAAAUUGUUUGGCCAUACCUGGGCAGUCUACUCGGUCUGCUUUUCUUCUGAUGGAACUACAUUAGCAUCUGGUAGUCAUGAUAGCUCUAUAUGUUUAUGGGAUGUAAAAACAAGAAAAAAAAUAGCAAAAUUAUAAAAUAUAGGUUAUCAAAUUAAAUCAGUAUGCUUCUCUCCUGAUGGAACUAUUUUAGCAUUUUGUAGUCGUAAUGGAGAUAUCCGCUUAUGGAAUGUUAAGACAGGAUAAUAAAAGGCAAAGUUGGGUGAUUUUAGUACUUCAAAUAUCAAUUCAGUUUGCUUCUCUCCAGAUGGAAAUACAUUAGCAUCUGGUAGUGAGGAUGGCUCGAUCAGCUUAUGGAAUGUUAAGACUAGUAAUGAAUGGGCCAUAUUGUAUGGUCACCUUAAUGAAGUCUACUCGGUAUCAUUCUCUAAUGAUGGAACUCUGUUAGCAUCUGGCAGUAAGGAUAAAUCUAUCCUUUUAUGGAAUGUCAAGACAGGUGAAUAAAAGGCCAAAUUUGUCGGUCAUGCUUGGUCAGUCUACUCAGUAUGCUUUUCUCCUGAUGGAUAUAUAUUAGCAUCUGGUGGACAUAACUCUAUCCGUAUAUGGGAUCUGAAGACAGGAUAAAAAUAGAAUGAAGUAGAUGGUCACAGCCUAUUUGUCUCGUCAGUUUGCUUCUCUUCUGAUGGUGCAACAUUAGCAUCUGGUAGUUAUGAUAACUCUAUACGUUUAUGGGAUGUAAAGACAGGAAAAUAAAAAGCCAAGUUAGAUGGUCAUGUCAAUGGAGUACGUUCAGUUAAAUUUUCACCUGAUAGUAAUGUAUUAGCUUCUGGGAGUUUGGAUAACUCUAUCAAGUUAUGGGAUGUUAAGACAAGAAAAGAAAAGGCUCAAUUGCACGGACAUUCAAGCGGAAUCUUAUCAGUUUGCUUUUCUCCUGAUGGUACUACAUUAGCAUCUGGAAGUUUAGAUUGCUCUAUCCGUUUGUGGAAUGUUAAGACAGGAUAAUAAAAGUUUAAAUUAAAUGGUUAUUAUGGAUGUGCUUAUUCAAUAAGUUUUUCUCCUGAUGGUAAGAAAUUAGCAAGUGGCAAUAGUGAUAGGUUAACCUAUAUAUGGGAUGUACGGACAGGAUAAUAAUUGGCCUAAUUAAAAGGUCAUGAUGAUUGGGUAUCAUCAGUAUGCUUCUCUCCUGAUGGAAAUACUGUAGCAUCAGGGGGUAGGGGUGAUGUCUUGUUGUGGGAUAUUAAAACAGGAUAAUAACGAGCCCAUUUUGAUCAUAAUAGAUAUGUCUUAUCAGUAUGCUUUUCUCCUGAUGGUAAUACAUUAGCAAUUGGUGCUUAGGAUAACUAUAUCCAUUUAUUGGAUAGUCGAACAGGAAAAAAAAAAGCCAAAUUAUCUGGUCAUUCGAAUUUUGUAAAUUCAGUUUGCUUCUCUCCUGAUGGUUCAACAUUAGCAUCAGGUAGUGAUGAUAACUCUAUUCGUUUAUGGGAUCUUUAACUAAAACCAUAAAAAGUAAAAUUGUAUGGUCACACUAAUUAUGUCCAAUCGUUGUGCUACUCUCCUGAUGGUACAGCAUUAGCAUCUUGUGGUUGGGACAAGUCUAUCAGAUUAUGGUAAGUCAAGACAAAAUAAUAAAGAGCCAAAUUGGAUGGUCACAGUAAUACUGUCUCUUCACUCUGCUUCUCCCCUGAUGGUGAAACAUUAGCAUCUGGUAGUUAUGAUAACUCUAUACGUUUAUGGGAUGUAAAGACAGGAAAAUAAAAGUUGAAAUUUUAAAGUCACUAAAAUUUAGUUAGUACAGUAGGGAUCUCUUUUGAUGGCAGUAUUUUAGCAUCAGGAGGUUUUGAUAAUUCUAUCCGCUGUUGGGAUAUGAAGACAGGUUAAUAAUUAGCCAAACUCUAUGGUCAUACUAGUAAUGUAAUGUCAAUAUGCUUCUCUCCAGAUUCAUUAUUAUUAGCAUCUGGAAGUAAAGAUAAGUCUAUCCGUUUAUGGGAUAUUAAAAGAGCAUAAUAAAAAAUCAAAUUAGAUGGUCAUUUGAAUUUUGUGAAUUCAGUUUGCUUCUCUCCUGAUGGUACUACAUUAGCAUCUGCGAGUAGUGAUAAGUCUAUCAUUUUAUGGAAUGUUAAGACAGGGUAAUAAAAGGCUUAGUUGGAUGGUCAUACGAGCGGAAUCCUAUCUGUCUGUUUCUCUCAUAAUGGUACUACUUUAGCAUCUGGUGGUGAGGAUGGCUCAAUCCGUUUAUGGGAUGUUAAGACAGGAAAAUAACAAGCCCAACUAGAUGGCCAUAAUAAUUGGGUUCUAUCAGUAUGCUUUUCUCCUGAUGGAACUACAUUAGCAUCUGGCAGUAGUGAUAAUUCUAUCAGCUUAUGGGAUGUUAAGGAUAUUCUCAAUCAGUAUUAAUCCCCGCUAUUGUAAAACCGAUCUUUAGAUUUUGAAGAGGAUUGUGGUAGUAUUUAGACAAAUUCAGUAAACUCUUACAUAACUAUACUACUUAUAUCACAAUAGCCACUUCUUCAAACGUAAGGAACAAAAAUACAUAAUGGAGAGUUUGUAAAUUAUUAAGGGCUAGAUUUACUUUAGUUAUUUUAAUCUAAAGGAUGUUGCAUUUUUCAAAGCUAACCAGAAUUAAAACAGAAAUGAUAUUUAUUUAAUAAUGACCUAAUGUCGUAAAUCANUCAGUAUGCUUCUCUCCUGAUGGAAAUACUGUAGCAUCAGGGGGUAGGGGUGAUGUCUUGUUGUGGGAUAUUAAAACAGGAUAAUAACGAGCCCAUUUUGAUCAUAAUAGAUAUGUCUUAUCAGUAUGCUUUUCUCCUGAUGGUAAUACAUUAGCAAUUGGUGCUUAGGAUAACUAUAUCCAUUUAUUGGAUAGUCGAACAGGAAAAAAAAAAGCCAAAUUAUCUGGUCAUUCGAAUUUUGUAAAUUCAGUUUGCUUCUCUCCUGAUGGUUCAACAUUAGCAUCAGGUAGUGAUGAUAACUCUAUUCGUUUAUGGGAUCUUUAACUAAAACCAUAAAAAGUAAAAUUGUAUGGUCACACUAAUUAUGUCCAAUCGUUGUGCUACUCUCCUGAUGGUACAGCAUUAGCAUCUUGUGGUUGGGACAAGUCUAUCAGAUUAUGGUAAGUCAAGACAAAAUAAUAAAGAGCCAAAUUGGAUGGUCACAGUAAUACUGUCUCUUCACUCUGCUUCUCCCCUGAUGGUGAAACAUUAGCAUCUGGUAGUUAUGAUAACUCUAUACGUUUAUGGGAUGUAAAGACAGGAAAAUAAAAGUUGAAAUUUUAAAGUCACUAAAAUUUAGUUAGUACAGUAGGGAUCUCUUUUGAUGGCAGUAUUUUAGCAUCAGGAGGUUUUGAUAAUUCUAUCCGCUGUUGGGAUAUGAAGACAGGUUAAUAAUUAGCCAAACUCUAUGGUCAUACUAGUAAUGUAAUGUCAAUAUGCUUCUCUCCAGAUUCAUUAUUAUUAGCAUCUGGAAGUAAAGAUAAGUCUAUCCGUUUAUGGGAUAUUAAAAGAGCAUAAUAAAAAAUCAAAUUAGAUGGUCAUUUGAAUUUUGUGAAUUCAGUUUGCUUCUCUCCUGAUGGUACUACAUUAGCAUCUGCGAGUAGUGAUAAGUCUAUCAUUUUAUGGAAUGUUAAGACAGGGUAAUAAAAGGCUUAGUUGGAUGGUCAUACGAGCGGAAUCCUAUCUGUCUGUUUCUCUCAUAAUGGUACUACUUUAGCAUCUGGUGGUGAGGAUGGCUCAAUCCGUUUAUGGGAUGUUAAGACAGGAAAAUAACAAGCCCAACUAGAUGGCCAUAAUAAUUGGGUUCUAUCAGUAUGCUUUUCUCCUGAUGGAACUACAUUAGCAUCUGGCAGUAGUGAUAAUUCUAUCAGCUUAUGGGAUGUUAAGGAUAUUCUCAAUCAGUAUUAAUCCCCGCUAUUGUAAAACCGAUCUUUAGAUUUUGAAGAGGAUUGUGGUAGUAUUUAGACAAAUUCAGUAAACUCUUACAUAACUAUACUACUUAUAUCACAAUAGCCACUUCUUCAAACGUAAGGAACAAAAAUACAUAAUGGAGAGUUUGUAAAUUAUUAAGGGCUAGAUUUACUUUAGUUAUUUUAAUCUAAAGGAUGUUGCAUUUUUCAAAGCUAACCAGAAUUAAAACAGAAAUGA